AUGCCAAAUUUUCAGCCUGAUCAGAGCUUGCGUGCGGCGAAUGCGGCGCGAGAAUAUCUUGACGGCGACUCGCUAACGCGUACAACACGCGCAAAUCCCGCGCCUCCGCGCGUCUUGACAAUCAACGAGCUCGCAGUGAUACACAAGACCAAUGAAGGCCUCGUAAAGAAAGUCUACUCAUACGCAAGACUCGUCGAAGGCGGCACUUUCGCACUCACGGAGGCAUGCCUCAUCAAUAAGGCCAACUUUAUCCGCCAUCAUCGCCGUCAGGGCUUAACUUCUCAGGUGUCGAGAUCGUGGCUUACUCGCUUUAAACGGCGGCAUCCAGAGCUUGCCAUCAGGAGGGCUAGGAUCCAGGAGAUCACUCGCGCCGGCGCCGAGCUUGAGGUUGACGAGCUUGAGGCUUGGUUCCACGAAUAUCAGGCCGUUAUCAAGGAGCUCAGAAUAACGCCAGAAAAUCUAUGGAAUUUCGACGAAACCCCUCUUCAGCUUGGGUGGAUGAAGGGCUCCCCUAAAGCUAGUGUCAUUACGGAUGAAGAGGAGCAGAAGGCCCGUCUUCUUCCAGCCUGGGAAUAA